UUAUCAAACCAUUUCGCUGCGUAAAUGGUAAAUAAAAAGAGUAAAACCCUUCGAAAAUUCGAAAUGAAUGAAAAAUCGUCGUAAAUUAGUGAAAAUAAAUUCAUAAACGAGUAAAAUCUCGAAAAUGUAAACUUUUAAAUCAACUACAAGUUUUCAAUACGAACAAUGAUGUUGAAAACGUGGUCCAGUUACCGGCGAUCUUUGACCAGCGGUUCUAAAUUGUACAAAUUUUUAUACAAGGCUGUAUCUGGAAACGAUUUGAAUAAAGUUCAUCUUCACAUUUCCGCCAGACACCAUGGUCAACCAAAGUUAUCUCCACAAGAAGUUACUCAGAUCCUUCGUCACCACGAAUUCACUUUGGAAUUCCCUCAGUCAACAAAUUCAGUCAAAUCGUUCGAUUCGAAUCAACUUCCGUCCAAUUCUCCUAUAGAGGAUACUCGAUCAGAAGCACGAUGCUUAUUGACUAGAGGAAUGUUGAUCGGAGUAUUCGAUGGACACGGAGGUGCUGCCUGUGCUCAAGUAGUAUCUAAAAGAUUACCCGAUUACAUUUGCGUUAGUCUCUUACCAAAAGAUCUUUUACAACAGUAUUUAUCAUUUUUAGAAGGUAAAACCGAACAGAUCGAUUUACUGGAAAAAUUCAACGAAAAAAGCGAACUAAUUGCUGAUUUAAAAUCACUCUACCAUCGUAGUUUUGUAAACUACGUUCGUCAUUUAUUAUCCGAUCGUAAGGAUAAUUUUUUCAUGGAAGAAGCGUUAGAAAGAGCUAUUUUACAACUAGACCAGGAUAUCUGUUCCGAAGCUUUAGAAUCUAACGCUAAGGAUAUCGACGUUAAAACAUUAUACGUAGCUAUGUCCGGAGCUGUUGGUUGUGUCGCUCAUAUCGACGGUACUCAUUUACAUGUGGCUAAUGUCGGAGAUUGUCAAGCUGUCCUGGGAGUGUUGACCGAAGAGAACACUUGGUUGGCUAAAAAAUUAACCAUCGAACACAACGCUGAUAAUAUUCCCGAAGUGAAUAGGAUAAAAAAUGAACAUCCCGAUUGUGAAAAGAACACAAUCAUUACGCAAGAUAGACUUUUGGGUCAGUUAGCACCUUUACGCGCUUUCGGUGACGUUAGGUAUAAAUGGAGCGUGGACGUUCUGAAAAAAUUUGUUGUUCCUAUUUUCGGUGAAGAAGUGAUCGCUCCUUACUACUAUACUCCUCCAUAUCUUACAGCGAGACCCGAAAUAACUCAUCAUUCGUUAACAUCUCGCGAUAAAUUUCUAAUAAUCGCUUCGGAUGGUUUAUGGGAUAUGAUAACGCCUUUACAAGCAGUCAAAUUAGUAGGCGAACAUAUGCGUGGUAAAGUCACCCUUAAUGCGUUCAGAUUACCUAAUAAGGAUAUGAAAAUUGGCGACGUAGCGACCCUACUGAAACAUCGUAAGGAAUGCUUCAACGUUAAACCAAUCGAUAGAAAUGCUGCCACUCAUUUAUUUCGAAAUGUUUUGGGAGGUACUGAGUAUGGAAUUGAGCACGCACGUCUUUCCAAACUAUUAACCCUGCCUCAAGAUGUAGUCAGAUUUGUCCGAGAUGAUAUCACUGUCACCGUUGUGUAUUUUGAUUCCGAAUAUUUGCGCCGGAAUUAUCGCCACGAAGAUGAAAAUUGAUCGAUCGAUUUUUGAAGUAUUUUCUUUUCUUUUUUCUGUAGCUGUUCCUGUACCUAACACAUUACCUACUUGACAUAUUAUUUUUUUGACAAUUAUUUGUAUUAAGGUUUUACGAAGAUUCAAUCUGCGUUAUUUCUAUCCUACUGUUCGUUUAGUUAGAAUAGAAGAUCUAAUAACUUGAUACGAUUUAGUCAUUUUUCGGAGUUUUUAUUCGAGCUUUCAACGAAAGAUGUGCCGUAUAAGAUAACUACAGUCUAAAUAAGAUUUGAAAAUUAAAAUAACAGGUCGAACUAGUCAAUUGGAUAUGGUACCGAAUGUUGUGAUUAUCCAAUGUACAUACUUGAGUACGUAAUUAAUUUGAGUUUGUGAUAUUUCGAUGGCUAAUAAAGUAUAUUUUUACUAUAUCUGUUUCAACAA